AUGGCCCACGCCGUCCGCAUCGCAACUCUGUGCCUUCUUGCCUCGGCUACCGUAGCCCAACUGGAUCUCGGAUCAGCCGAACAAGCCACUUCUGAUUGUCGUCAAUGCCCCAAUCCGAUUGGAGACAUCAAAGCAUUGGCUUGUGCCGUUGAUUGGAUCUCGAAGCUGCGCAUCUUGAACAAGACGACGACGACUAUCGACGGAGAGACCGUUGAUGCCUACACUCUGGAACAUUUGGAUAUUCUGAAGGGAACUCUCGAGAUUCCAUCCCUUCUCAUCGUCCCGAAUGGACCUUGUGGACUUGUCCUGAAUGCUGAUCCGAACCCAUCCUCGACAAGGUCAAUCAAGGACUUCUUGGCCAGAUCUCUGAUCUUCUCUGUGAUGUCUUUGAUAUUCUCCCAACUCUUGAUACUUGGCUGGCUGGAAAUGGAGGUCUUCUCGGACAUCUUCUUGGUGCCAAUGGAAAUCCUCUUCUUGAUGGUC